CCUGAGAGAGGAGAUGAGACCAGAUGAGAUGAGGCGCACGAGCGUCGUGUCAGUUAUUUUGAAAACUGUGUUUUUUUGAAUUUUAGUGCGCGAGACCGGCCGUUAUUCCUGCAGUCCGUUAAUCCUCCCUGUCAUUUUCUUUACCCUGAAAAAAAUUACUAUAAAUAUUCGCACCCCUGCCUUUGUUUGUUAGCAGGUGGCUUUGUUAGCUAGCACACAGUGUGUGUGUGUUUAUUCGAAACCACUGGAGCUAACGGACCGGUUCCGAGUCUUUUUAACGAAACGAAUCGAAUCUUCUGGAAAAACAAACCCAAACCCCGUUGUCAGGGAAUUCAGAAAUACGGACUGAGGAUUGUGUGUGAACGUAGCAUAGGAUAAAAAGCAAAACCGGAAGCCAGCCGAGCAGCUUUUGCAGCUGGGUUUGUUCAAGGCAGUAUCCCAUUGGACUUGUCCUGCGAGAUGGAUGAUCUAAAAAGAGGAUUCAUGCAGUGUUGAUGAUGAAGAUGCAACUGGCGAUGAAGCUGAGGUGAAGCUGAGCUUGACCGUGUGACUGUAGUGGUCGUAGCUGGAGAGCCAGGAUCCUCUCUCUCACUCUCACACACACACACACACACACACACACACACACACACACACACACACACACACCGUGCCCAUGUUUUCUCCCGAGCAGGAGAACAUCUCCACCUCUUCCACCAAAGUGCCAGUUAAAUAUGGAGAGCUCAUCGUACUCGGGUACAAUGGCUCUCUCCCGAACGGAGACCGCGGAAGGAGGAAGAGCCGAUUUUCUCUCUUCAAGCGCCCCAAAGCAAACGGAGUCAAACCCAGCACUGUCCAUAUAGCCUGCACUCCACAAGCAGCCAAGGCCAUAAGUAACAAGGACCAGCACAGUAUCUCCUACACGCUUUCCCGAGCUCAGACUGUGGUGGUAGAGUACAAUCACGACAGCAAUACAGACAUGUUCCAGAUCGGUCGUUCCACAGAAAGUCCAAUAGAUUUCGUGGUGACGGACACCGUCCCUGGCAGCCAGAGUAACUCGGACACGCAGACCGUCCAGAGCACCAUCUCACGCUUCGCCUGCCGCAUCAUGUGCCAGCGAACCCCGCCCUACACGGCCCGCAUCUAUGCCGCUGGCUUCGACUCCUCCAAAAACAUCUUCCUCGGGGAGAAAGCAGCAAAAUGGAGAACGUCAGACGGACAGAUGGACGGCCUGACGACGAACGGUGUAUUAGUGAUGCACCCACGUAAUGGCUUCACCGAGGACUCCAAACCCGGCGUGUGGAGGGAGAUCUCAGUGUGUGGUAACGUCUUCACGCUCCGGGAAACACGAUCCUCACAGCAGCGGGGCAAAAUGGUGGAGAGCGAGACGCAGGAGCUGUCGGACGGUGCUCUGAUUGACCUGUGUGGCGCUACGCUGCUGUGGCGCACUGCCGAGGGUCUUCGGCGUGCGCCCACUCUGAAACACCUGGAGGCGCUGCGGCAGGAGCUGAACGCCGCACGGCCACAGUGUCCCGUGGGCCUGAACACGCUGGCGUUCCCGAGCAUGCGCCGGUGCCAGGGCGCCGUGGCCGAGAAGCAGCCGUGGGCGUACCUGCAGUGCGGCCAUGUGCACGGCUACCACGACUGGGGCGAGCGUGGCGGGGCCGGGGGCGGGACUGAGCGCGAGUGCCCGAUGUGCCGCGCCCGUGGGCCCUACGUACCACUGUGGCUUGGCUGCGAAGCAGGGCUUUAUGUCGACGCAGCUCCGCCCACGCACGCCUUCAGCCCGUGCGGCCACGUGUGCUCGGAGAAGACGGCUGCGUUCUGGAGCCAAAUCCCACUUCCACACGGCACACACACCUUCCACGCCGCAUGCCCCUUCUGUGCCCAGCAGCUCAGCACCGGCCACAGCCACGUGCGACUCAUCUUCCAAGGACCCGUCGACUGACCUUUGACCUUCCAGAAAGGGCCUCUGGGCUUAUCCUGUGCACUCCUCGGUCCUUUUUUAUUUUUUUUUUUCCUCCUCAAACUGAUCUUUAACUGAUAUUUCUCUGUCCCUCUACAAAACCGCAUACUUCUGUGCUAAAUACUGCGUCAAAACGGUACGCGUGUGACGAUUAGCCUAAGUGCACUGUUUGGGUGUGGAGCAGAAUUUAGCAAGGGUAGUAUGUGGGUGUUCUCGACUCUUGGACUGUUUUUUUUUUUUUUUUUUUAUUUCCUCUGCUUUCUAAGUGACCUUUUUGUAGUGAAUUUUUCUUAAUCCAGAAGACAAACAGAGAAAUAUAUAUUUUCAAGCAAAACUAAAAUAGUACCUGAACAAGGCAAAAAAAAAAAAAAGACAAAAGAAAACGGGGCUUUCGAAUACAAAUGGAAGAAAUGUGAGCUGCCACAGGAAGUGCCCGGGUGAUCUCGGGGAGUGAACUGGGAGGAUUCGAGGGGCUACAGUAAUAUAUUACAGUGUUUCUUUGCUAUUAUGCUAAUGGGGAAAAAAAAACAAACAUUUUACUCAAUUUUAGUGAUGCAAUAAUCAUCCUUUACACCAGAGUGUCUGUGAUUUAUAGCUCAAACUUAACACUUACAAGUCAGUUCAUCACCAUCACUGCUGCAAACAAAGGAAAUGCAUUUAGAUUUUAGAGAUGUUUUUUUUUUUUCAUGUAAAUCAAAUAUGCCUAACUUAAAAAAUACUUACCGUUUUUAUUUAUGCAUAGUAUCAAUGUUAAUCAAGUGUAAAAUUAUUGGUGUGUACUUUUUUGGAGUUCCACUCUGUGUAUCUGCCUUGUUUUUCUCGUUGUUGUUGUUUCUUGCUUUUUUUUUUUUUCAUCCCAUGUAUAGCCUUGGCUGUGUGUGUUCAGUGUUUAUGUAGCCAACACUGUGAGUGUGUCUGAGAGAGAGAGAGAGAGAGAGAGAGAGAGAGCACUUCCACCUCAAAGCAGUAGUCCGAGGGCUUCAGAUGCAGGAAGUGAACUGGAUAUCAGAGCUCGGAAUAGAAGCGUUAAAUUGUAGGUUGGCGGUUUGAAUAGUGAUGACACUAUAGAUAGUUUUCACAUGACGUCACAGAGUCGGGGAUUCCCCAGUGGCGGCCAUCUUGCGGGUCAAGCUUACCGUACGGGUGACUGAGCACACAUUGUAACGCGCGAGUCUUCAAAAGAACCCAAGCAGGCUAUUUAAAGCUAGCAAUGGUGCACACCUGUUGUAUUCACGGCUGUCGUAAUAGGUCAGAUGAUGACGUCAAGCGGAGCUUUUAUGGAAUUCCCACUGUACGGGAGCACGAAGGCGAGCAAACAAAGAAACUCAGCAUACAAAGGAGAAAUCUAUGGCUUGCGAGAAUCAUCCGCAAGGAUUAUCAGCCUUCCAAACACAGCAAAGUCUGCUCCGAUCAUUUUAUAAGUGGUAAGUUGUUUAAAUAAACAAUCAAUUGUGUUUAAGUUUGUUUUUGGAAACCAAAGCAUCAUGUGAACAAUCUCUGGAGAAUGCCUAACUGGAACCGCUGAGUGUACGUUUACAUUGUAAUGUACACUUAAUAUCGCUCGUUUGUCACGUUUCUAUUUGAAACUUGUCACUUCACUCACGCAAGGGUCAUUUUUGAAAAACAUUUUAGGUCUAUUCUGUAUGAUUUGAUUUGUGUUUGGGAUGCAAACACAAAUCAACCAUGAAACAGGAAGUAUAAGGAUGAGAAAAAAACAGUUUAAAUCGGAAAGCUGUACACAUUUGUGCAGUCCUGCACACCACUCGGGCUGCGCAAAUGUGCGCAGCUUUCCGAUUUAAACUGUUUUUUUUCCUCAUCCUUAUACUUCCUGUUUCAUGGACUGUAACGGAUUUGCUUAUUUAGUAAUUUUAAUACAGAAUUUACUUUGAAAUUCUAAUCAGACACUCCAACGCCCCCCCCAAAAAAAAAAAAUCGGAUCUGCGCGAUUCAGCCGUGAAAAAGGCGGCAUCCGCCAAAAGGCGCGCUGUGAAUAUAUAAAGUUGUAUAUAUCAGACAGCCUUUAAAGUUUGAUGAAGUCAGUUUCAGGCUUUGGAGCAGGCUUUGGCAGUUUCAGGCUUUGGCAGCCCUGCAUAGUCACUUGAAAAUGCAUCUUUGUCCACUUCGUAGGGGUCAAUUCCCCCAAUCAAGGCCAGUUUGGCUGCAUACCGUUGUCGUGAGAUGUCGUCUAAUGUAUCUGUAUACUUCUGUUUGCUUGAUUUUGCUGACAUUGAUCUUUAUUUUAGAAAACUGACUAUAUAACUUCAUAAAUUCGUCCGAGAUAACGUAGCCGGUAAUGGCGAUGGUCCGUUUUGUUUGCCCCACAAGAUGGCAGCUGGAGGGCGUUCCCCGGAAUGCCGUGACGUCAGUGAAAACUAUCUAUUGAGAAACCGUAGUUUGAGACUCGUAGGAAGAUAGCAGUGAUGCUUAAUUUGAGGUUGGGGUAAAUGGAAAUGGUGUUUGGGAAAUCUACACCUGUAACUCGACGCUCUAGAUAUGUGUACACAUGGAAAAGGGGGGAAAAAACCCACACAUACACAGAUCUGUCCGUUUAAUCACGAAUCAAAACUACACCCCCUAACGAUCCUUUAAGAAGCUGUGUGAGGGUGUGUUUAUGUCUGGCUGCCUGCCUGCUUGAUUGCCUGCCAUGUUUGAAUGUCUUGCAACAAUAUCUUACACACUAGACUCAACGCUGGCCCACAGUUUUUCUGUUGGUAGCAAAUUAAGCGUUUCAAAAUAACAAACUAUCCGUUGUUCUAUUCGAAAGGCAGCUCUCUGGAUCGAUAGGAAUCGUGGGCGGCAUUCUCAUUCAGUGUCUUCUAAGGUACCGUUUGUUCAAAUUUGAAGGCAUUCUCAGAGUCUCCAUCAUAAUCUUAACCUUAAUGCGCUUUGGUGGAGUGAGGGGAUGUUCAUUCUACCACCAGGGUGCCAGAAGAAGCUUUUAUUUGUCACAAAGCUGAGGUCAGGAAGCUGAGACCGUUACGCUAAGGUCUCGCGUAGCUGGAAUUGCUUCACGGUACACGAUUUUGAGCCUGAUUCUUGGGUUUCAGUCACAUGACUUAAGCCUCGGUCACAACCGGCCGUACGUGCUCCUACGGCCGGUCUACGUGCAAGAAACGCACGGAGGGCACGCGUGUGACGUGCUGAUUUUCGAGCCAUAGACUGGCCGCAGAGGUUCUUUGUCAUGUCAAACAAACUCUACGGGCGCUUACGUUUUUUUCAGGUUGCAAGACAAACUUGCGGCCAACGUGCGUCUUUCUCCAUGAACAAAAAAAACGCAGCGAUUUGGGAAACGCCAAAAAAUCGUACGUCUGGUUGUGACCUAGGCUUUAGCGGUUUCACUUCCGGUAAUACAGCUGGUGGUCAAGCAAACCCAAACGGCUGCCGUAGCGCAAAUAACUAGCGAUAACUUAUCAGCGUAUGCUUGUCAUCUAGAAGCCACUGCUCACUUUAGAUAUAUUCAGAAGAUCGCUAUGUGCAGUGGAAUCGACCCCGACAGUCUGGGAAAGAAGGAUUUGUCAUACAAUCUCGAAAACCUACCCUUUAGUAGUCGAGUUCUCGAACUAUCUGAUGUUGCAGACGUCCUUCUACACCGCAAAACCGAUGAAGGCGUGGAAGAGUAUGCAGGCUUACACCUUUUUUUUUUUUUUUUUUUUUUGUAUGUGGCUGGGUAAAGGACCUCGGUAUCAAGUCGCUGCCCAAUGAAUCCUGUUUUGUUUUUUUUGCCCGUGUAAGUAUUUUUUUUUUCUUUAAAAGCAUUCGUUUGCGUUUUUACAACGAAGCGCUGCAAGUUGAAGUGUAAACAAACAGUUGGCUUGAUUCUUACUUGUGUUGGCUCUUAUCUCUCAGGUAACUUAUUCACAAAGAUCAUCAGAAACCCCUUUAAAGACCUGGAUCUUAGGUGGUGUUUACAUUAGACCGUAUCCGUAUCGUUGUCGUUGCGGAUGCACUGUCCGUGCACAUUAAAACGCCGGGAAACGACUCCACAGGCGGAACAACUUGAAUCCGCCAGGGCCCACGUAUUCAACCCAGUACGUAUCUGAUCCGGUGCUGUGUAAACAGUGAGGAACGAGGAUACGCUGUGCUGAGCUCUAGCUGACGUCGUCAUUGGACAACGUCACCAUGACAUCCACCUUCCUGAUUCGCUGGCGUUGGUCAUGCCACGUUGGUCAUGUGACGCGACUGCUGAAAAACCUUCUCCUCUUUAGUCCCAAUGACACGGCGUCCCUGAUUUCCAUAAAGAACUUCAAAUUUUGAUUCUUAUGCUCUCGCUCUCUCUCGCUCGCUUGCUCUCUCUCUUUCUCUCUCCUCUCUCUCUCACUCGCUCACUCAAUCUCUCACACACUUUGUGCUUGCAAGUGGUGAGUGACUUGCGCAUGCCCGAUAUGCACUGGGAUCAUGUGACGUGCCGUCUAAUUAGUCAUGUGAUUAGCAUAUCCGUGUAUUGGCGUUGCUGUGUGCACGGGGAACGGUUUUGUUGCGGGCACAGAAAUUUUGUGUGUGUACGCGAAUCGUUUUAAAAACGUUAAUCUGAUGAUCCGCUGAUUCGAAAUAAUGUAAACAGGGCCUUAGUCAAACAAGACGGAGAAGUCGUCAUCACGGCGCAUUGUAACUGUACGGCCGGGUACGAAUUUUGUCGCGACCUUCAUGCAUAUGGAUUUUGUGAGGCGUAAACAAAGAAACAGCUGGGGACUUCAGCACUUCGUGGCUUAAAAAAAAAAAGUACUGUAAAAUAACGACACGUAAGAAAAGUACUUGGAAAACACUAAGGACGUAGCUGAGAGGGAAAUACAAACCUUUCACUCAAUGAUCACUGGAAACUCGAGCACGCUUCGACUCGGUUCCCUUCGAUUUCACUGAGAGGUUCAAAAGCCACCUUUCUCGACGUCUUUUUCUGAAAUCCUGUGUUCGUUUAUCCUUUAUUAGUUCAUGGGGAACCCUGAAGAAACUUUUAUCAGUUUCACGGUUUGAUCGAUUCGAACAAGGCAAGCGUUAGGCAUUUUUUAUGCAAGCGAUGCACCUUCUCCGUACAAACGCUUAGUCAGCUGAGCUUUGGUAGACCACCAGAUAAAGUUUUUUGAAUAACUAAUGAGGUGGAUGUGAUGUCACGUGAAACCCAAGAAUGGGGAUCAACCGACGUGCAUUCCAGGCCCUUCCAUUGGAACACGUGAGAGCUGGGGAGAUACCUUGACAACCAGGAGGGCGUGGCUUCCAUCCAUGGAAAGUUUUGUGUUGAAAAUUGCCGUGGGUCAACCAUGAAGGCAUACGUGAGCGUCCUUGAGGGGGUUACCCCGUAGCAUUCCGUCACAACCAUUGAACUGAAAAUGUUUGCGUAGGGGGCGUGGCUUAUUUCUUCUUGUCGUGAAAACCAUACACACUACUGUCAUUGAUGUAAGGCCACAUAUCCCUGCCGCCAUCGGUUUUACCAGCGUUGUAAUUUGCUUAUUAACUCCGCCCAAAUUUUUUGGCGGAUCACCUCAGAGACCUGCCAGACUGGCCACAAUAGGCCCCAGCUACAGUUCUCACAGAUCAACCAGCUAUGUGUGACCUUAGCAUUAAGGGUCCAACAGUGGCAGCUUGGCAGUGCUGGGCCUUGAACCCAUGACCUUCUGAUCAGGAACCCAGAGCCUUAACCGUUGUGCCACUAAUGCGCUGAGGAACGUGUAACCCUGGCAAAAGCAAAUCCCACGAUUCAUGUUCACUCGGAUGGUACUUUGAGAAUCCUGUAUAUAUAUCGAAGCUAACUUUGUAUUGGAAAAUGAUCAGAAAUUUUUCCGAUAGCUAAAUUUAGCAAGCUAAUGUGGCAUAGCAUGGCAUCCGGUGUCUGUUAGCAGGCUAAUCAUCUGUCAGAACAUCGUUUUGUUUAGCAUGCUGCUUCCCAUGAUGUGAAAAGGUAAUAUUGGGACAUACGUAGCAAAGACUGGACCCAUCGUUUUGGUGUGGGCAUAAAAAUAGAAACACUUUCUCUUCAGAAAGCCUCCAUAUAAAUCAAAAGAUCUCUGUCUGUUCGUACAGCAGCGUACUAACUCUGACAGUCAAGCCUUCAGAGUUCCAGCAUAUGAAAAUAAUUGUUUUAAGUGGAUUCCCAUAAGAGUUCUAUCCUUAUGGCUUACGAUGUAACCAUUUUUAUGUGAAGGGAAAGCGCACCUCUCAUGACCAUUUAAUAUACAAGUAUUAAUUAGUUUUAAAUUCAUAAUUUAUUAAAGAGAAACUCCCUGAUUUUAUCAUGUUAAUUUGUAUCACUGAUUAUAUUGUGCCUGAUUUCUGAUUUCAUAGUCGUUAGUCAUUUAAAAGACAGAAUUAAUUCAGUGUUCAGUCAGACUGCAGCUGCUUUUGCCCGACUGUCACCAUGCACAAGCAAGCAGGGGGGGGGAAUUAUCAUUAAUAUCGGAUAAUUUCACUUCCCCAGCUGUCACUGCAUGAAAACACCGAGCCUUUUUCGCUUAGAUAUGUAACACAUAACAUCAGAAAAUGUGCAUUAAUUGCAAUUGCUUUCAAUGCUGCAUAAUUUGACUGACUUUGACCUCCAUAUUUCAGUAAGCUGCCAUCUCGGUAGAAUCAAAGGAAGUCAUCCCAGAAGUCGUUCCUCAUAAUUUCUGUGCAGGAAAGCUGCUUCUGAAGCUUUAGGAGGUGAGACCAGUGACCCAACGUCUGGUGGUGGAUUUAGUAGCAGUUCAAGUACUCGCUUAUUUUCAUUAAUCAACUAGAAGACACUCGGAGAGCGGAGACCUCCACUAAGGACAAUCGUCGACUCUUCUGUGAUGCACAAAUCUGUACCUCCAACCACUUUGUCUGGAUGUAUAGACAAGUCGUAUUUCUACAUUGGUUAUGUUUUGUCACUACUGAACUUAAAGGAGAACUGAAGGCAAAUUUUAUCAAAAUUCAAUUUCUCAUUUUAUUAAAUAUCGGAAUGCAUUUUUGAUCGCUAUUUUGUCACUGCUAUAGAAAGUUAUGAGUGUUUGAAAUAUGCUACGUAAUAUAUCAGUCCAUAUGUCAAAGCGAUGGGCGUAAACGAGAUUUGCUGAGACCUGUGCGAGACAUCGUAGGACGGAAGUAAAACGUACAGCGGAAAUCAAAGUGACCGACAUCUGCCAGCAUUGUCAAAAGACGCGCCCGCCGUUUUUCGAAUGCUGAUGUAAUCAGGCCGGAAGUUUUGUUUGUUUUGAUAGCGAUCAGGAAAGUUUGAAAAAAGUAGGCAGUAAUCGUCAUUUAAACUCGUUUUUUGCAAUAUUUCAUUUGGAAAACAGUUUUCAAAAUGGCAGCGCUGACACUUCAUGUUUCGAAGUCUUACACAUGUCUCGUGAAGAUCGCACAGAUAAGCGACGCCUGCCGUGGACCAAACGAACUAAAUUCAACACGGCUAAAAACCGAAUAGGCCGAUAAGUCUCAUCUCAUUAUCUCUAGCCGCUUUAUCCUGUUCUACAGGGUCGCAGGCAAGCUGGAGCCUAUCCCAGCUGACUACGGGCGAAAG